AUGACUACGGAUAGAGACGAGCCUACGGGGCAGCCUAUAAUGUGCAAAAAUAACUGUGGGUUUUGCGGUAGCCCUGCUAACGAAAACUACUGCUCUAAGUGCUACAGGGAACACCUGAGGCGCAAAUCGCAACUUUCGAGUUCGAACAACGUGCCAAACAAGCUUCCGACCAACGCCUCAGAUGUCAACGCAACCGACUCUGCAACCUCUGCUGGCAUAACCAACGACGCCGUUGCCGACGGGAACUCACCCGCCGCCGUCAGCCAGGUUGAGGGCCAGGCGACCGAGGCCGCUGUGAAGAGGAAGGACAGGUGCCACCACUGCAACAAGCUGGUGGGCCUUCUGGGCUUCUCCUGCAGGUGCGAGAACGUGUUCUGCAGCCAGCACAGGCAAGCCAACCUCCACGACUGCGAGUUCGACUACAAGGGCUUCAACAAGACGCAGCUGGAGAGGAAGUCAGUGAGGGUCGUUGCGGACAAGAUACAGAGAAUAUAA